AUGUUUCGGGGUCUUCUAUUGGUUGCCAUUCACUUUGUUCUUUCCUCUGGGUUUCUCGGUGAAAGACCGAAAAGCAAGGCUGCCAGCAGAGUGUUGCAUGACGUCAACGAGGAUGCAGCAGCGCGAUACGAAGAUGCCUUGGUGGAGUUGGAAAGUGAGGCGUUGUAUCGUCUUGGCUGUCAACAAUCGGAUCUUUCCGACUUUUGCAACAAGCUGGAGCGUGGUUCCCUCAAUCUAUUCCCCGAAUAUCAACGAGCCUUUGUGUGGGAACCAGCCAAAUCGUCUCGCCUAGUGGCCACUGUCCUCUGCAAUCGCUUCAUCCCGCCGCUAGUAUUGCAUGAAAAGUCCAAGGGAGUAUUUGAUGUCGUGGAUGGGAAACAGCGACUCACAACCUUGCUGGGUUUUUUCAUGAGCCGCAAAGACGCACGUUUUCCAGGGGAUCCUGUCAUCAAGGAAAAAAUGAUCAAGUUGUUACCGUCACUGUCACGGUUAUCCAAACUGGACGAAUCGUACGAAGCCCUGAAUGGACUCUCCUUUGAUGACCUGGAUCUAGACCGACAGCGUGCCUUUGAGAGCUAUGCCAUGUCCUACAUGGUCAUCCCCUUGGAUACACCACGAGCCGAUGUGUUUGAAGUGUACGAGGACAUCAACUCGGGAGGUACAGAUCUUACCCAACAACAAGUCCGAAGAGCCGUCUUUCAUGGGCCUUACAUGAAGAUGAUUGAUACACUCAAGGACACGUGCACGGAUUUUCAUGCGAUUAGGAAUCCCAAAGCCUUUCAAUCCGGUACCUACCAGACUUGUAAGAAGGACUCUGACGGGGAACUUGUUUUGAGAGCCUUUGCGUUUCGAAACAAUGGGGACAAGUUCAAACCGUCCAUUAAAAAGUUUCUCAAUCGAGAGCUGGAAGGAAGCGAAGACUAUGGCAUAUCUCCACGUGGCAAAAAGAAGGGAAACGAACAGCAACGUUUGAUAUUGCUUCAAAAAAUGGUGGCAGAGCAAAGACACGAAUUUGAAAGUGUCAUCCGGGUGGCUCGGCAAGUCUUUGGUACCAGUGCCUUUCGAAAGAAGAAAGAGAGCCUCUCCAAUACCAUGUGGGAUGCCAAAUACUGUGCCAUCGCUGAGCUUUUGGCAGUACACCGGGAAGUCGACUUUACAAGGGCCAAGGAUCACAUUGCCAAAGCACUGGAAUAUAGCAUUCAAUUUGGGUUCUUCUCGGAGGAUGACGAGAAAACAACAGCAAUCAAGUUUCUGGCACGCAAAGAACAUCUCAAAAGGAUCUUCCAAGAUGCCUUACAAGAAGCCAGUGUACAACGAGACACUCGGCGGCAGUUUUCUCCCAAACUCAAACAACAACUAUUCGAGGAACAGAACGGACUCUGCGGCCUUUGCGAACAAACCAUUGAUGAGCAACGACUGGAUGAGGCCAACUAUGUACAUAUCGACCAUAUCAUUCCACACAGUAAAGGGGGUAGGACCACUGAAUCCAAUGCUCAGCUGACGCACAGCGAGUGCAAUUUACACAAAGGAUCAAAACACGUUGAACAAAACAAGUUGACCCUACCGGUAUCAGAGGAACGCAGACAAUGA